AAGUAGUAGAAACAGUAGAAUCAAUCAAAAUUCAAAAACCAACUGUAAAAAAGAAAGAACCAAUAAACAUCCGGAUCUCAAACAAAAACAAUAAAAUUCACAAAAUUAGCAACAUUGAGAUCCGAAUUGUUCAUUCCAUCAUCAUCAUCACAACAGUAAAAUCCACGAGAACCAAUCAAUCCACCAUUCCCCACUGUCACCAAAUUGUCUCACUCAUAAAGGCACUAACAACAACAACCUGUUACAACCAACAACAACUUACACAAACAAAAACACCGUUUUCUAACAAAAACAAACAAUAAACUUGUGAAUCAAACAAAUACAACGUUGGUGCUUUCUUUUCUAUACACCAUUUUUGCUACAAAUGACCCAUCCCUUUAUUUUACAAAAAGCUUAAAACUUUUCAACUAAUUCAGUGACCCAUUUGCCGGAAGAUUCGUUUUCCGGUGAGAUUCCGGCGAAAAAUGGAAGUGGAGAGUGAAAAGCCAGGAUCUGAUGGAAAAGUUUGGAACUUUUGUAGAAUGCCAUUUUGGCAAUCAAGUCAUAAUCCUUCAUCAUCUUCUACUACAACUACUACUACUACUUCAUCUUCAUCUUACAUGCACAAUGUUCAUCAUCAAAACCAGAGUCUUCAUUCUAUUGAUAGAUCUGUUCCUCAAUCUUCAGCUACAGUUUCAUCUGUGGCUAAGUCUUUGCUUCCUACUAGGAGAAGGCUUCGUCUGGAUCCUCCUAACAAACUCUACUUUCCUUAUGAACCUGGUAAGCAAGUUAGGAGUGCAAUCACAAUUAAAAACACUUGCAAGUCUCAUGUAGCUUUCAAGUUUCAAACAACUGCACCUAAAAGUUGUUACAUGCGCCCUCCUGGUGGUAUUCUUUCACCUGGUGAAAGUGUAAUUGCAACUGUAUUCAAGUUUGUUGAGCCACCAGAGAACAAUGAAAAGCCAACUGAUCAAAAAAGCAAGGUUAAGUUCAAAAUCAUGAGCCUAAAAGUGCAAGGUGAAAUGGACUAUGUACCAGAACUGUUUGAUGAGCAAAGAGAUCAAGUAGCUGUUGAGCAAAUUCUUCGAGUUGUUUUUCUGGACCCUGACCGAAACAGUCCUGCCAUGGAUAAGUUGAAACGUCAGUUAGCUGAAGCGGAGGCUGCGUUGGAAGCUCGAAAGAAACCGCCAGAGGAGACCGGAGGUCCACGAGUAGCUGGGGAGGGACUUGUUAUAGAUGAAUGGAAAGAAAGAAGGGAAAGAUACUUGGCCAAGCAGCAGGUUGAAGGUGUUGUUGUUGAUUCAGUGUAACAUGUAAAGUACCUUAUUUCUUUCUUUUUCUGACCUUAUGUCAAAGAUUUACAUGUUCAUCUUUUCUAUGUUCUGAAAUCGAAUUCUUUGGAGGCACUGAUCUGUCAAUUAUGGUUGAGUGACCUAAAAAAGUGUUAUGAAGAGAUAUUGUGAAGACACUUGUUUCUUUCAUUUCCAAUAAUGUUUCUGGUGUUAAAUGUGAGUGAACUAAUACUA